ACCGACCCACGUGUGGUCUUGACGGUCGGAAAGGGCGAGCAAGAUGAGAUGUCUCGCAGAUGAGCAAUGCAUCAGAGUCUGUAGUCACGAAAUAUGACAAAACACGCACAUGUUGUUUUGAACCGAUACAGUUUAGUAGCCUUUUGGAGUUUUCUCAAUGCGCAGUACGCUGUCAUUUUCUCUUCUCAUGACGAGCAUUAAAAAUGCGAUCAUCGAACAUUUCUGGUGACCUUCGCCUCCUUUAUAUCUGCUCUUCGCGGCGUUUUGCGCUGAACAUCUGCUUCAAACGUGUUGUUCUUGUAAUUGUCAGUUGAAUUUUCAUUUAUUUCGUGAGGACUGGGGAUUUGUUCUUCCAUCUUAGGUAAACUAACCUUCCAAACAUCAAGACAGCGGCAGAUGCCCCUCGUUCUGGCACCCCGGCUGUAUAAUGAUGGAAUUUCCAUCUCUCAGUCCUUACUGGCCUCUCAUCCGCUUUCUGGUGCCUUUGGCUAUUACCAAUGUAGCCAUCGACCUCGGAGAACAGGCCCUAAACAGGGGCAUAGCCACAGUCAAAGAGGAUGCAGUUGAGAUGCUUGCCAGCUACGGACUGGCGUACUCCUUAAUGAAGUUCUUCACGGGGCCCAUGAGCGACUUCAAGAACGUAGGCCUGGUGUUUGUCAACAGCAAGAGGGACCGGCGCAAGGCUGUGCUCUGUAUGGUGACUGCAGGCGUCAUUGCCUUCAUCCUCCACGUCCUUAUAGCCCACACAGACCUGGGGUACUACAUUAUCAACAAGCUCCACCAUGUGGAUGACUCAGUGGGCAACAAGACAAGGAAGGCCUUCCUUUAUCUGGCUGCCUUCCCCUUGUUAGACGCCAUGGCAUGGAUACAUGCGGGGAUCCUUCUUAAGCACAAGUACAGCGUCAUAGUUGGCUCAGCAUCCAUCUCUGAUGUGGUAGCCCAGAUUGUCUUUGUGGCCAUCCUGCUCCACAGCAACCUGGAGUGUGUGGAGCCUCUCCUAAUCCCAAUCCUGUCCCUGUAUAUGGGGGCUCUGGUUCGCUUCACCAUCGUGGGUCUGGGCUACUAUUGUAAUGUCCACGAUAACAUUCCAGACUCCAGUGGACUGGAUGUGGGGGGCGAUGCCACCAUUAGGAAGAUGCUGAGUUUCUGGUGGCCCCUGGCCCUCAUUCUGGCCACCCAGCGCAUCAGCAGACCUAUCGUCAACCUCUUUGUGUCCCGAGACCUGAAGGGCAGAGAUGGGGCGGCCACAGAGGCUGUGGCAGUCCUCACGGCCACAUAUCCUGUCGGUCAUAUGCCUUACGGUUGGCUGACGGAGCUGCGGGCGGUCUACCCUGCCUUUGACAAGAACAAUCCCAGCAACAAGCUCAUGGCAAACACCCCGGUCAAUAAGUCACAUAUCAAGAGGUUCACCUUCUGCUGCCUGGCCAUUUCUCUUACCCUUUGCUUUGUGGUGUUCUGGACUCCUCACUUAUCAGAGAAGAUCCUGGUGGAUAUCAUUGGGGUGGAUUUUGCCUUCGCUGAGUUGUGUGUUGUUCCUCUCCGUAUCUUCUCCUUCUUCCCUGUGCCAGUGACCGUUAGAGCCCAUCUGACUGGUUGGCUCAUGACCCUGAAGAAGACCUUUGUGCUGGCCCCCAGCUCUGUGCUCCGCAUCAUUGUUCUCGUCACCAGCCUGGUGGUGCUGCCUUAUAUGGGGGUUCACGGGGCCACUCUUGGCGUUGGAUCCUUGCUGGCUGGUUUCAUUGGAGAGUCCACCAUGGUCGCCAUAGCAGCCUGCUAUGUUUACAGGAAACAGAGAAACAACGAGAUGGCCAAUGAGCUGGUAGAGGAAGCUGAUGACUCCGCCCCCAUGAGCGAGGUCCGUUCCAGGACUCAGAUGGAGGCCAUAGAGGAGCUAGAGGAAGAGGAGCAGGAGUAGGAAGAGGAGCAGGAAGAGACAUCAUUGCAAAAAGGGAAUUGCUGACCUGAGCUCCGCACAAACUCGGAUAAAGAGAAGGAUGGCAGGUUACCUCCAUGGUAGACCUAUGAGAAGACUAUUUAAAAGACCACAGAGCUCAAUGAAAGGGUCCCUGCCCGAGCCACUUAGGUUUGAGAGACUCCUGAAGAAGGUUGGUACGCUGGCCUGUCAACCAUCAGGACACAAGCAGGAAGCCAUGAACUCACGCGUCCGUCAGAUGUCAAUUCCCUGAUGUCUUCCAAUCCUUUCUUGACUGAUUUCCGUAGUUUAGACGUUUCCCACUUUGAUUUCCUCUGUCAGAUGCAACGUGCAUCUGACGUCUGACCCAGGAGAAUGUCCUCCUUUGGAGUUUAUUUGUAAUGCUGAUGUUUUCUUUCAGAUUUUAUUUUAUAUUAUUUAUCAGGUUAAAAACCAAUUGCUCUUUUUCUUUCAAUGUUACUUU